ACUCAUGACUAAAUUAUGCCCUGGCACACGUGUCACUCAAAGUAGCAUUAAAGAUUUUAAAACUCUAUACAUAGAUCAUAUUGUUAGCUGGGGUAAAAUAGUAACACCAAAUUCAAAAGAAUCAAAUGAGAUAGCUUUUGUAAGGAUUGCCAUUAUUAGUUUUGUGUCUAUGAUGAUAUAGAAACAUAAUUUGUUGAUCUGUAAUGACCCGUGAUCUGAGUUUAUAGUGUAUGCAUAGCUGCAAAUAAAAGCAGGCUUCUGUCUUCAUAAAAUUCAAACAUGAUUGUUAUGUCAGGAUUUUAUUACUGGAGAGAUCCACUGGGACCUCAAAUAACACGAGCUUCCAUUUUGCAUUCUGGUUAAUAUUAACUCAUUGGUGUGUGUUCAUUGCUCAGUGUAGAAAAAAGAGCAGUAUACCGGAAAUGAGAGUGACUAAUUGUUUCCUGCUGUUUCUGGAGGUUUAUAUCAGAUCAUCUUUGAAAUAUAUCCUCUUUGAGGAAAGGCACAUAAGACAAACAGCCCUACACUUUAGUGUCUUUUUUAUUUUUGAAGGCAACUUGAGAAAACUUCCAGUAUAUCGUAAAAUGGAACAAGUGAAGGGUGAGGUCAUUCUCUCAGUAUACAUCAUUGCUUUUCUCAUUGGCCUCCCAACAAACCUCCUGGCUCUCUAUGCCUUCAGCGUCAAGAUCCACUCCAGGCCCCUUCCAACAGACAUCCUGCUUCUCAACCUGACGGUCUCGGACCUGCUCUUUUUGAUCAUCCUUCCUCUCAAGAUGCAUGAGGCAGUGUCAGGCAUGAAAUGGCCUUUACCCAGCUUCCUGUGCUCCAUCACUUCCUUCACCUUCUACUCAACAAUCUACACCAGCUCCUUGCUGCUAAUGGCAGUCAGUGUGGUUCGUUACAUUGCAGUAGCUUUCCCCAUCACCUAUCAUCAGCUACAGAAACCUGUGUAUGCGAUAAUUAUUAGUGUUGUUAUUUGGCUGAUUUCAGCCGCACACUGCAGUAUCACUUUCGUCAUUCAGCACGAACCAUCCCUGUCCAGCUUGGACUCCAGCGUUUGCUAUGAAAGCUUUAGUGAGAAGCAACUGAUGAUCCUCCUCCCUGUACGUUUGGAGAUGUUCUUCGUGCUCUGCCUAAUACCUCUUUUAAUUUGUGUUUACUGCUACUUGCGCUGCAUCUUGAUCCUGUACAGUCGCCCGAGGAUAUCACCGAUGCAGAAGCAGAAGGCCAUCGGCAUGGCCUCUGGGACUGUAGCUGUGUUUCUCAUUUGUGUGCUGCCGUACAACCUUUCUCAUUUAUUUAGUUUCUUUCAGGGUAAGAGCCCCUCAUGGAGGCACUACACCUUGCUGCUUAGCACGUUGAACUCCUGUAUCGAUCCCAUCAUCUACUACUUUUCCUCCUCCACUUUCCAGUGCAUUGGUAAAAAGUUGAUUUUCAAGAAGCAUGUAUUCACUGUUUCAGGAAAAGAGCCCACAAUCUCUAGCUGAGUAUAAUAACACACAGCUGAAAUAUUACUGUUGUAUUGUAUAUAAUGAUUCUUAUUUUGGAACUUGUAAUGCUUUACAGGUUGCUUUAAUAGUUUAGUUCCUUAAUGAAACCACGUCUAAGAAGUUUGCUAGGUAAUCCAAAUAUUUUGUUAAAGUUAUGACAUCCUGCUCAAAGUAUAUGACCUGCUUUCCAUACUAACAUAUCGUAUGAAAAAACCACAAGGUAUGUUUGGUGCAUAUGCAAAAUUCCAAAUUUUUAUUAUUUUACAGUUAAUUCUCUUUUGGUGGAAGGGAAUUGGUAUUCUUGGCACCAUUGACACAUUAUUUCCCGUUAACUUUAACGUGGGCCAGCCACUCUUCUGCACUCAUGCAUUCUGUAGGCACACAUGUAGAAUAUACCUGCAAAACAAAGCAUAGGUCAUGUUACCACCAGUUUAUGGCACUAUAACAAUCUGUUGUCCUGUAACACACAAGGAUUGACAGCACGACAUAUUCUCUCAUAUAGCAAGACAUAUUCUCAUUUUUCUGAUGUGUGAAAUUGAAAAUGUAUUGUUGGUAUAAGUAAAAAAUAAAAGCUAAAAUGUCUGUACUAA